AUGCAUUUGCUCAAAGAUAUUGCUUGUAUCUUGGCUGCCGUUACAACUAUUGUGGAGGCUGCUUCUCCAAGACAAUCCAGGCCAGAUUACUAUCAGCGCCUGUUAGCUAAAAGGAAUCCGUCAUCAUUUGCUAGAAGGGAUACUGCUUGUUCACCAUCUUUUCCUCAAGAAGCUAUUGCCCCUAAGAAAAACAUCUGGGCUGAUUUAGACACUGCUGAGGCUCAAAUUGUGUUUGAUUUGUUGAAUGAUGUUUACAAUUUGACUCAGCUGGAAAAUGCUACUCCUUAUGAUAACUAUAUAAUGUGGAUUGAAGCUUUGCGUCCAAACAAGACCGAUGCAGUUGCCUAUUUAGAUCAUGAAGGUCCAUUACCUGAAAGAUGGGCUCGGGCUUCGCUGUUUUUCGGUGCUGAAGAACAUACAAGUGAGAAAUAUCCUAAUGGUUUCUGGAAAGAAUUACAAAUUGGUCCAUUGAAUACCAAUGCCACCCCUGCUAUCAAAGAUCUGGAAUACUUGUACACCAAGUCAAAAGUUGCUUAUGAAGUUGGUUAUAAGGAUAAAUUUAGAUGGGCUGAUGCGCAACUAGUUUUCAACCAAGUAUUCCUUUCAGAUUCAAUGUUACCGGUCUUGGUUGAUUUAAUUGGUGAAGAAAUGAAAUUGUAUGGUCAAGAAGGUGCACCAAUUGAAUGUUGGGCUACUGAUCCGUAUGAGUAUAACAAGGAGACUGGAAGAACUACUAGUUGGGCUACUGUUUUUCUUAAUUAUCAAGGUGCUGGUGAUAUUACUCCAAGUGGUGUCUUUCUUAAUGUUGAUAUCACAGGUAGAAACUCUUCAGAAUAUUUUGUCACUAAAUGGGUUUACAACAACAUUGUCUAUAAUUCAAAUGAAGAAUUCAGAAAAGCAUGGGAAUCCAAAUCGUUUGUUAAACUACCAAAAGUCAAUUCAUCCAAAAUGAAUACUACAGAUUCUUUUAUCUUUGUUGGUCAACAAGGUGCCACGAGACAGUUGGAUGAAAAAUUAGCACCAAUUUCUGUUGAGCCACAAGGUAGAAGAUGGAAGUUUAGUGAAGAGCAAAGAUAUUUCACUUGGAUGGAUUGGGAAUUUUAUGUCGCUUGGUCAAGAGAUGUUGGUAUUACUUUAUAUGACUUGAAAUUUAAAGGUCAAAGAAUUGCAUUUGAAUUUGGUUUGCAAGAAGCUAUUGCCGAAUACGCAGGUGACGAUCCAUAUCAAGCACAUACAACUUAUUUUGAUAGAUCAUAUGGGUUUGGUAACAAUGCUUUCGGUUUGUUGCCAGGAUUUGACUGUCCAUAUAAUGCCGAAAUGUUUAAUGUUACUUGGCACUCAAAGGGCGAAAACAACUAUCACAACAACUCAUAUUGUGCUUUUGAAUUUGCUGAAGAUUAUCCAUUUGCUAGACAUACUGCCUCUGAUUAUGCCAGUGUUACAAAAAAUCCAACUUUCAAUCUGAGAACUAUUAGUACUAUUGGAAAUUAUGAUUACAAUUUUUUGUACAAGUUCUACUUAGAUGGUACUUUUGAAGUGUCUGUUAGAGCUGCUGGGUAUAUUCAAGGUGCCUAUUACAGUGAGGAAACUGGAUCUCCAUUUGGUUACAGAAUUAACCAGGCUUUAUCGGGUUCAUUCCAUGAUCAUGUGUUGAACUUCAAGGCUGAUUUUGAUAUUGCAGGUCAAAAAAACAGAGUUACCAACACCGCUUUGAAAGCCACCAAUUACACUUUCCCUUGGGAUCCAGAAAAUGUUUAUUCAACCAAGAUUAAAGAAAGAUCUAUUAUUGAGGAAGAAACUUAUUUGAACUGGGCUGAGGCUGGUGGUGUUUUGCUGAUUGAAUCUGAUGAACAAAACAACACUUGGGGUAAUCCAAAAGCCUAUAGAGUUAUUUACCCAGGUGGUGAUGCUAGAAGAAUUGCCCAAAAUACUAAAACCAUUGGUAUCAAUGCUGAAUGGGCCAAUCAUGACUUAACGUUUACUAAACAAAAAGAUCAUGAAGUCUUUUCUUCACAUGUCCUUGAUGCUCAAGAUUUACAAGAUCCUAUUGUUAACUUUGGUAGUUAUGUUGAUGGUGAAAGUAUUGAUGGUGAAGACUUGGUUUGUUGGUUUAACUUGGCUUUGCACCAUUUGCCUAACACUCAGGACCUGCCAAACACUAUCUUCACAACAGCUGAAUCAAGUAUUAUUUUCACUCCUUUCAAUUACUUUGAUUCUGAACAGUCAAGAGACACUUUACAGCAAUUGUAUUAUAAAUAUGAGGACUCUGAAUGGAAUUUCCAUGGUGUUGAUGUUAAUCCUCAGUGUGAAUUACAAAUUCCAGAAUUAAAAUUUUCAGGGAUCAGCUAUGAAGCUUCUAAACCAAUCAACAAACUGAAUGUUUCUCUAGGCAUUUUAUAUUGA